AUUUUCCACAACCACGCGACUAUCAAAAUGGGCGAGAUAGCUGAAAAAAAUAUCGAUGCCGCAUUUCGGCUUUCUUUUACCACCAUAUCCAUUCGGACUGAGGGCGCAGCGAAGCUCUUCGACUAUUCGGCAUCUUUGUCACUGUCCAAAGCCGAAGUGAUGAAACUCGGAGGCGCAGAUGAUGACACCAAAGUUGGUUCAAUCAAGCUCAGUUGCUUCUGGAAGCGGAUCGGCAGAAACCAAUUCUGUCUUCCAGAUGGUGGCGUGAUCAACAGUACAUCAACCCUCCUGGAGUACUUCGUUGCAGCAUGGCCUCAUUUCAACAAGGACCUGACCGACCUGGCAAAAAAGCACAUAUACACAGUUUGCUUUAAGCAGUCUGUAGUUGUCCCGGAUUCCAAGAAAGCUGGCGAUGUUGCCUUGGACCUCAAGCUUCACACUUUCGAAAACAAGCCUACGGAGUUUGGCAAGCUGCCUGAGGCAUCUGCCAUUGACCCGAGUGCGAUUGCUUCGGCCGGGCAGGGGACUGUAAUUCGUCCUGGCCAAAUGAGCGUUGAUCACUGGAACGAAGUGGUUGUGGUCAAUGGUCUUCUGAAUGGCUUCUGCAUUGAUCAAACGGGUCAGAAAAUCACCAAAGCGCGGAAAACGGCCUUCAAGCUGGAGCCCAAUCCACUUCACCCGUUGAUGUUUUCACCCGGCACGUUGCCGUCGGCCGAGAUUAAGAAUCUUAAGGAUCGAGCUAAAGCAGCUAUCGACAUUUCGCCAAUCGCACAAGUUGAACUAAGCCUGAAGCAUGCCUCGACAAACCUCGGUGCCCAUGACGCAGGAGACAAAGAUGAUCCUGAGCCUCCGCCCUCCCAGCCACUAGAUCAUCUUUAUCCUUUAUGGGAGGUCUGUGAUGAUUCAAAAAUGAAGAUUGAGAAUAUCAAGAGCACGAUACAGCUCGCAUCCGCCGAGCAGGGGUUCUCUAGUACAUCUGUAGAGGCAGCUGUCGCAACCAGCGUCAUUUCUAUCUCUGCGGGUGGGUCCGCUGGCUUCUCCACCAAGUCCAAAUCGAGCACGACCGGCGAGAAAUCGGAACAAAUGCACGCCACAUACGAAUUUCCGCGCGUUCGACUGUACCUUGAUGAAGACUCUAUCAGCUUAUCCACAGACUGCGCCGAUGCCAUUAAAAAUGUUAUUUCCACAAAGAGCUAUCAGGCUCUGAAAGACUUCUAUCGUAACUACGGUCACUUGUUUGUCACAAAGGUGAAGCUCGGAGGUCGACUUCGUGCUACGAGGUUCCUCUUGGCAAGCGAAGAGAGUAGUAAAUAUUCAGCCCAAAAUGCGUGGAAAGCUUCCAUCGCCGCUUCGUUCAACUCAGGCACUACUUCUGGCAGCGUUAAAGCAUCAACUGAAGCCGCAAGUCAGAAUGAGAGUGCUUCGGCUUCCACGGCCCUCCACGAGUCCAUCUGCUGGGAAGCCCAUGGCGGGAAUACGACAUUGGCCAACAACCCUGCUGCUUGGUGCAAUACCGUAGAGAACUUUUGGUACUGGCGGGUGGUUGAACAAGAGGUGGUGUUACCCAUCGAGAAUAUCAUCUCGAAACUUGAAGGAUUCGAGUCAACUCGAACCAUAUUCGCUGGUAUUACACUUGACGCAAUGACUCAAGACAAUGCUACACAAAUUUGGUGGAACGGCGCGGAUGGUGCCGCUCUUGGACGUGGCAUAUCUGCUUCUGGCAAAGUCAAUAAACCCACUGACAUAUUGCGCGAGUCACCGCUCAAAGCCGGCACCAUUGACCCUCCUCUGCCUAUGCCGGUGCAGCCUGACCCGCAAUGGACGGUCAUCAACAGUAACAACAGUCUGUAUGGAUUCUUAUCAGAUCUCUUCGGCAAGACUGUGAAUCAAUAUGUUGGAACGAAGGUCUUUCCCAACCUUGUCUGGCGACUUGCAUUGAACGAUCGAGCCUUCAGUGUUGUCCUCAGGUUGCAGACUGGGCUCAAGAAGUCAUCAACAAGCUUCACACUUGGCGAUGGGUCGCAGCCUACAGACAAGGAGGAAUGGAAGAAGGCCUAUGGUGACUAUUUCAUCAACUCGAUGAUUCAUGGCAAAUCCAUCACCGUUGCAUGGAUCUUCACACCUCAGUCCAGCGGCCCUGAGCUGACCCAGACAAGAAGCGCCGUGGCAGACGUCUUUACUGGUCAGAGCUUCGAGAUGGGUUGUGCCUAUAUGGCUAAACUCGCCAUCAGCAUCCCAUGCGAGGUGUUCAUGUACGACGCAUACUUCGCCGAGACCAAGCUCUCUUCGCCUUCCAACGUCUUACUUGACAUUGCAAAGCGUAACCUCGGCGACGACCAGGUGAUUUCAGUUGGACUAAAGCCGUACAAAGACCUGGACUUUCUCCAAUCGGCUGCAGAGGCUACAACUCCUUCCAGCGUCUCUGACAUAGGCCUUGGGAUAGUCCGAAAGGACCAUGUUGAGUACACUUACCAAUCGAUCAAGCGGCGGCAGGAUACAACUCCCAUGGAUAUAUCCGUAAAUAACGUAAAAAAUUGGUCCACAGACUUCUCUCAACUUACAUACUUGGAGGCAACCAAAGACCCCACUGGAACCCACGCAGCCGCCACAAACCUGGUCGCGGACUACGAGGCCUUGUAUCAAAGGCAAUCGCCACCAAGCAAACCUCGCAUGGAUGAUUGGGGUCAAUAUGGUGAUGAAGUGAUAUAUGAUAGAGUUCUGAGAUGGUUACGACUGAGUCGACAAGCUGAAGGAAAUGCCCUGCCUUCACAGUCGAAAUCAGCAGCAUCUACUAUAUUUGGACUAAAAGACGAGCCAGCUAUGACAGACGCGGAGAAAAUUCCUGGCCGACCUUACGUGGAGCCGGUUGUUUUUAGCCUUCGUGACCAGAUUAAGAAGAUGGGGCUCGCUGAGAUUGUGACGGUCAGCGGAUCGCUCGACUCGGUUUGGUCAUAUGUGUUGGACGACACCAAUUUUGAGAAGACGACGUUCCCCAAGCCUGGCAGGGUCCUGGCAUAUGAGCUGAAGGCCCCCAACUGGGAUGGUCAAGGCAAGCCACCUGCGAUAACGUCUGACGGUAAGCUGGAGCCCAAAGUGGGAAUGGAGCUUAGGGACUUUGCCAAGGACCGCACCGCUACCAAGACGAAUGAUUGGAUCUUGUCCGACUUGUGGAUUGUUUCUGCCCCAUACAAGUGGCAAGCCAUUGUUUCCUAAUCCAUCUAUUUUGUCUCAGUGUCUUGAGGGCUUGACUUACAAGC